CGACGCUUUAGUGGAAAAGAUGUCGGCAACUUUGUUGUUGUUUGAAGGCUUCUUGCAGGAGUAUUUUGAAUGAACUGCCGAAACCUCUCGCGCUGAUGAAUCAAAAAGCCGGUUUUGGUUGUUUGUUGUAAUCAUUGCCUUUCUGUUGAAUUUUUUUCGUCGGUGAAUGUUCAGUGUUUCGUGUCGCCGUACGCAUCACCCCACGAUUCUUUGUCGGUCUGCUUUUUCGGGAAGUGUAGGAGGUUUAUUGGACAAUUUUCGACCCUCUUGUGCUUGCCGACAAUAUAAACGUACAGACGUUUCUUUUGUGUGACAACUCUCUGAAUACCGCCAUACUUCAACCGCUUAUGAAGCGCUCUGGAAACCAUUUUCAUCACUGAGCAUAACAACAUUGGGAACAUUUCAGCGACUGGAAGGAUCGAAGUUUGGAAGCAAAGCGUUAGUACGUGAUAUGGAAAUAGAUGACAUAGACGAGACAUUCUUUGAUAGAAACAUAGAUGAAAUUGAUGUGAGAGAAACUCCACACUGGGAACUUUCAGAGGAAGAAGAAUCAGGAGGAAGUGAUGUAGAGACAUUGGUGAAUCAACAACAGACUGGAAAGAAAAAAGCAAGACAGCAGGUACCACAUCAAGAGAUGGCCCAAAGGAAAAUUCCCACCUUACCACCCACAUCUAAUCCAGGGAGAAACCUGCCUCUCAAACAAAAUGGGUCCAUUCCAAGUGUACCACAGACUCAAAGCCCUGCUAUGAAAAGAAACUCUGAUAAUUCAGUUUCCUGUGGAAAAAUACCCACUUUGCCUAUGAAUCCCAGUGUGGGAAAGAAUGGUCAGGUGACAAUGUCAGAGAAACAACCCAUAUCUCCAAGCUUGUACCGACAUCCUCUGAAGAAGGAAAAAAUUGAUGCAAUGGUGAAGGCCGCAUACAAUAAUAAGGGAAAUAGUGACUCUGUUAAGGAUUUUGGAGCCAGUGAAAGAGGAAAAAUAUCAGUUAAAUCAAGCAAGAGUCAGGCUGCAGGAAACAGAGAUAAAAAAGAAACUCUUGAUGCUCGUAUUUGGGAUGAAGAUGAUGUGGAUUCAGUGAAGGAUUUUACAGGAAAUGAUCGCCAGAAGGAAGCAAAGUAUAUGGAGCGUACUGAUGAGGCAAUUUAUCAGCGAGCUGCAGAGGAACACAUUAGAAGACCGCCUCUUUGGCAUGAUGAUGAGGUAGAUUCUGUCAGGGAUUUCAGCCGUGUGUCUGGAAAACAAGAACCUCCAUCAGGUUUAGCUAGUCAGCAACUGAGUAGGCUUCCUUCAGAUGAGCACAUAUGUCUUUCUCCCCCCUGGAAUGAAGAAGAUGAUGGACCUGUCAGGCCAUUUGUGACAGAAGAACCAGUUGCAAAGAACUUUAGCAUCAAUAACAUGGUGAUAGAGGAACGUAUGAGACAAGGACAGCCUCCCCCUUGGCAUGAGGAAGAUGAGAGAGAUUCUACCAAGGACUUUGCUGCCCAAUAUCGUAAAACAAGAUCAAUGGAAAACUCGCGCCGUCCUUCAGAAGAAAACAUUUAUCUGACUCCACCUUGGAUGGAGGAUGAUCGCCAGUCUUGUGGGGGUCGGACCGGAUCAGAUCAUUCUUCAAACCGAUCGUACAGAAUGACCCUGGAAGAACAGCGAGCUAUUCAAGAGGAGGUCAGAAGCACAGGAAUCGCAGAGGCAAGCGAUAAAGUGCAAGUUCUCCGCGAUGAAAAAGCCGCUGAGAAAACUGUUCAAGGAGUCGGACCACCUGUCCCGGGAGAUAGUGGAUUUUGUAGCGAGCAGGACCAGCAUGCGCAGCAAGGACAAGGACCCCCAGCUGAUGGUGUAACGAGUGAAGCUGUGCCACAGGGCGAUCCACUAAUUACCAAAGACAUCGUUAUCGUGGAGCCCCCGCAGGAAAAACAAACUCUUACUCAAGCCCAGGUCUCUAGUAAAGUUAUGGCGGAUACUUACAAGCCAGUUGCUUUGAAUCCAGCUGACGAUAGCAGGCUAGUCAAUCAACCGUUACCUAGCAACAGGGAUAGGCCGAGCAGAUGCACUGGUCCACGUGAAGGGAGAAGUGGCCAAAACGAGAGAAAUCAUGGCGGCGUCGAAGGAGGAAACCAUAAUCGGGGCAUCGCCAGGAGCAUCAGUCAGUCGAGUUUGGAAGCCAUGUGUUAUUCACCGCAUGACGCUUUGGACGGCAUGGAGACGUCCAGCCUGGUCAGUUUCGCCAGCACCGCGGCCACUCACCACGACCUUGACACCCGAAUCGACAUGGUACAGUCUCUUUUGUCCAUGCUAGGAACACAUGACAAAGAUGACAUGUCACGAACUCUGUUGGCGAUGUCAAACAGCAAGGACAGUUGUGCAGCCAUGAGGCAAUCAGGAUGUUUACCGCUUCUUAUUGAUCUGCUCCACGGUAAAGACUUUACGGACAAAAAUUCGCGCCGUGAGGCUCGCGCGCGUGCUGGACUCGCUUUGCAUAACAUUGUCUACUCCAACGUGGAAGAUAGGCGUGGUCGUCGCGAGAUACGAGUUCUAAGACUGCUGGAAAUAGCGCGUGCGCACUGUGAUGUUGUGCAGUUUAAAGGUUUAGCAGUACACCCCUGUGCGGAACGUUGGUAUCCACCUCUGAGGGAAUAUGGGCCAGGUCCGGCCAUUGCUGCCCUUAUGAAGCUUUCGUUUGAAGAAGAUCAUCGCACGGCCAUUUGCGAACUCGGUGGCCUUCAAGCUAUCGCUGAACUCGUGCAGAUCGAUCACCAGGUGAAUGGACAGUGCAAAGACUUCUACAGCAUCAGUCUUCGUAAAUAUGCAGGCAUGACAAUUACCAAUCUUACUUUCGGUAAUACGAAGAAUAAGAGCUUGUUGUGCGGGAUCCCAGGUGCUGUAGACGCCAUUAUCGCUCAGCUGAACACCAUUGAAGAAGAAGAGAUUAUUCAAGUUUCUGCAAGUGUACUUAGAAACCUGUCUUGGAGAGCGGAUGAAUUUUGCCGCAAGACUCUUCGCGAAGCUGGUGCAGUGAAAGCGUUGUUGGCAGCGGCCCAAUCAUUACAGGGCGAACCCGCCCUGAGAACAACCCUCAGUGCUCUUUGGAACCUGUCAGCUCAUUGCUCGGAUAACAAGGCAGAGAUUUGUGCGGCACCAGGCGCCCUGAAUUUCUUCGUCAGGUGUCUCAACUACUCGAGUCCCUCUGGUAACAUUUCCGUGGUAGAGAGCAGCGGAGGAAUUUUGAGGAAUCUUUCGUCACACAUUGCCGUGCGUCCCGACUAUCGUAAAACCCUCAGGGAUUGCGGCUGCUUUCAGAUAAUGCUCACUCAACUACGUUCGCCAAGCCUAAGAGUCGUCAGUAAUGUGUGUGGUGCCUUGUGGAACCUGUCGGCUCGGUGCGUCGAGGAUCAGGAGCUCCUCUGGGAGCUCGGUGCUGUGUCUCUGUUCAAGUCGCUUAUCAAUUCGAAGCACAAAGCCAUUGCCCAGGCCUCAGCUGCAGCCUUACGAAAUUUGAUGGCUGUGAAGCCAGGAAGUUCUACUGAUAACGAGUCAACAUCAUCCCGUGCAGCCAGACACUAUCGCAGUAUGCCUGCGAAUAUGCGAUCAGCAGAGGCACAAGCUAGAAUUAAAAGUGAUCCAGCUAGAGUGUUAAACAGUUCUUCGAGAACUCAGUCUCCAAUACCCCAAGGCCAGGCUACCCAGCCUCCACUUUCCACGCGUCAAGCUGCAAAGCAGGAUCACGAAGCUUCCUCUCACCCUGCAAAUAAUGUCCAACAAUGUCCGCUACACCCCCAUGGCCUUGUCUCUAAACAGACGGAAGACUUCAGAUCGCAGCCUUCCUACUCCGCCGGUCAGGCUGGUAUCGUCUCAGUCACAAGGCAAGAUGUUGAUGCCGCGUCACGUGUACAACAGUCUAGGAAAAAGAAAGUUGGAUCUUCUGCCUCUCUCGCUCACUCGAGCUCAAGCUCCAACCAUGGCGUUGUCCAGGAUGUCGAGCCCAGUCCUUCCCUCCUACGGAGCAGAUCAGAUGUUGGUCCCAGGGUUCUGGCCGGUAGACAACGGAGAGCUAAGGCACGAGGCGUUGACGCGAACAGUGUGGGCAGCGGAGCCUCUCUGGAGGGAAGACAUGCUGCAAAUUUUAAAUGGAAUCACAGCAAUGAUUCACUGGCUAAGUAUCGUCGCCAACCUCGCCGAGAUGCCUCCGUGAGGCAGAAUUACGAACGACCUGAUGUCGAUCCCCGUCAUAGUGGACAAGCUACCGAAAAGCGCCAACACACUCGUUCUUCGAGCGACGGCUGUGUGGUAAUACCUCUAUUGUGUGACUCGUACCCUUUACAUGUAUCACACAAACCCAAGAGAGACACAUCAAGAGACAAGGGUUCUGGAGAGGCGUCUGUGAUAUCCAAGAUCAGAAGUGUGGUACAGAAAAACUUUGAAGGAGGAGGCGGACACCCUCAGCAGUCAGUAUCUCAGCAGGGAGAGACUACUUCCAUGGUUUCCCCGUCUACAGUAAAAAGACUCAACCAGUGGGCUGAGGCAUGUCCUGGAGAGACUUACGAGAUGACAGAGUUUGGGCUACAGGAAGAGAACUCCUCGAAAAUACGUCAAGCGGUAAAGCAGCCCAGUACCUCGGAUCAAAUCUUCGCAAACAUUGCGCGAUCUGAUCAGAAGCACUCAACACAGAAGUUCAAAUCCUACCGUGACUCAGACAGUGACGCAGAUACGGAGAUCGCUAUCGAAGGUGAACGAAACCUGUUCGGUCACCCUCGGAAAGUAAUAGGUUAUUUCGAGGUGGAAAAUGCUUGGAUUCAAAAACCAACAUUCGAGGCUAAUCCUUCUCGUUCAGCGGACACGGAGAGCGUUGCUUCAUCAACUUGUAGCUGUGACCCAGUGGAGAAUGUCUGGAUUCGUCGUCCAGACGCCCAAAGCUCUACAAAAGGUAAUUGUGGGAAGUGUAAUCGCAGUCGAGCCGUUAAGAAUUCGGAAAAAAAUAUUCCUAAGAAACAGAUGGUGAAAAGUAGACGAGAUUCGACUGACUCUCCAAUAUCCAGCCCCAGCUUGCAUCGUGUGUUCAAGAGCACGUCAGGGCGCGAACAGAAAAAGAAUUCUGAUUCAAGCAAAAGAGGAGUCAAAGUUACGUCGCUGUAAGAAAGCCAUUCAAUCUCACGCAUGGAAUUUUAUGAAAAAAUCAAGGAACAAUUCCUUUUAAAGUGGUUUAAUACAUAGUUCAUCAUAAUGGCAAAGUCUGUAGCUCAUAUACUGAACACCUCUCGAGUGGUUUACAUUAUGAAAGGCUUUUGGUGUCAGCAAGUGGUAAAUUUUCCUUAAUGAGAACUCCGAAAGUUAACUUUAUUCGUCAAGAUCAUCCUGAUUGGCUGUUGAUAUCUGUUCAAGAAGGGAUGUGGAGGGUAUCAGGUGAUUAAGUUGUGUCGAAUACAAAAUCACUGUAGAUAUAUCUAGUGUUGCUAUGUUAACGACAGCUUCUAUUUGGGGGGAAAAUAUGCACGGAUAUUUGUCUGCGGAUAUUAUCUGUUCCAAGAUGCGAACAGUUUUCCGAGAACGAAGCUCGAGGAGAUUUAUAUGGUUCGAGGAACAGAUAAUGUCCAAGGAACAGUAUACGAGGAUAAUUUCGCUCAUAGUAGAGGCUUUUGUGGUUAUUAUCCUUCAAGUGUUUUGCAACGCGUGUGAAAAAAUGUUUACAAACAGGGUACUGCUGCCGGUGUGGGGUGUUUUGUUUUUUAUUCUCUUGUACGACUUAAUGAACAAACAAUUCUUUCCCUCCUUCAGUAACAACUACAAAACGCUCUCUCAUUUUGAAUUAAAUUUUAAACGAGGAUUUAUGGUAGUGGACGUAAGGUUUAAAAUUGGGGAACAUCACUUGGGUGAUAUCCACGGAUAUCCCCCAGUUUUAGGUGGGAAUAUUCGGUCACGUUAUUUUUAGACCAAUCGCGCGCAAGCAAAAAUAAUCGAUGGAUCAUAACGGUAUAUAUUACAUCAUAUACUCACAAAUUAUAAUAUAUGGUCAAAGUUAUUUGUAUAAAACACCAGUCUUCUCAUCUUUUAUGUGACAAUGAUUACAAGCUCAUAAAUUGCCUCAUGGCUUAAAUUGGUUUGAAGUUUGUUCAAGGCGUUGUUGGAUUUAAAUGUUGUCGUUAGCCACUGCUUUCGUUUGGAGGAGCUAGGAAUGUUACCUUACGACGUUUGCAUCCUCCAGGUAAUUGGUAAAACAUGCCAGAAAUUAACGUGGACGCUAAAACGCGGCGAGAAUUUGGAACAGGCAGUGAAUAGCGAACUUCUUAAGACUGAAGGUUUUUAUCCUAACCUUUCACAAAAGCUUCUCUAAUCACCUUCACCUUGUAGGCAAAGAAAAGUGGUUCAAAAGCCAUCAUUUUUUUUGUUAUCUUCACGAGGUGUAACUGUUGCCUUUAGCUUCGUGUGCAAUAUUUGAAGAUCAAUAUUAACUUAUUAUUUUUGCAGAGUUAAGUUCAGAAGCUAAAGAGACGAUAGUAAUAAAAAUUUAAAUUAUUUCUACUA